AUGCGUGCACUCCUGCUGUUUUCCUCCUUGGGCUUUGCAGCUGCUGAAAAUGGCCUCAAAGGCUGGCUGCGGUACGCAUCGUUGCCCUGUUCACGUCAAUGUCAUUCCAACGUCCCUUCGAGUAUCGUCGCCCUCAAUGCGACUGAGACAAGUCCGGUACAUGUUGCGGGAACAGAGUUGCAGAAUGGCCUCAAAGAUGUUUAUGAGAAGUGUUUGCAAAUCACAUAUAACAAGUGCAAGACGUCUUCCUCGGUUUUUAUUGGCACGGUUGGUCAACAUCGAGAAAUCUGUGGCGCUAUGAACGAUGUACCUGAACUGAAAGAAGAUGGGUUUUGGCUCAACACCAAGGGAGAAAACAUCUAUAUCCUCGGACAAAACGAGAGGGGUGCUCUUUAUGGCACCUUUGAAUACUUGUCGAUGCUUUCACAGGGAAAUUUCUCCAAGGUCGCCUAUGCAUCCAAUCCUUCUGCCCCUAUUCGCUGGGUGAAUCAAUGGGAUGAUAUGGAUGGGAGAAUUGAACGUGGCUAUGGUGGUCCCUCUAUCUUCUUCAAGGAUGGACAAAUUGUCGACGAUCUAGCCCGUGUUGCUGAAUACGCCCGCCUUUUGGCUUCGAUCAGAAUCAAUGCCGUCGUCAUUAACAAUGUUAAUGCGGAUGCGGCCCUCUUGAAUUCUACAAACCUUGACGGGGUGGCUCGAAUCGCUGAUGUCUUCCGCCCAUACGGGAUACAAGUUGGCAUAUCGCUCAAUUUCGCAUCCCCUCAGACUUAUGGAGGGCUCAGCACUUUUGAUCCCCUCGAUGCAUCUGUCAUCGAGUGGUGGUCUAACAUUACGACUCAGGUCUAUGAUCGAGUUCCCGACAUGGCUGGCUACCUCGUUAAGGCUGACUCAGAGGGGCAGCCAGGCCCCCAGACUUAUAAUAGGACCCUCGCCGAUGCAGCGAACCUUUUCGCCAAAGAAGUCCAGCCCUACGGUGGCAUCGUCAUGUAUCGCGCGUUUGUCUACAACAAGCUGAACGAAUCAAUCUGGACGGAUGAUCGUGCAAAGGCUGCCGUGGAUUUUUUCAAGGACCUAGAUGGCGAAUUCGACGACAAUGUGGUGAUUCAAAUCAAGUAUGGGCCUAUUGAUUUCCAAGUCCGUGAGCCAGCAUCGGCCUUGUUUGCGAAUUUGGUCAACACCAGCAUGGCCAUUGAACUGCAGGUCACUCAAGAAUACCUUGGACAGCAGUCGCAUUUGGUCUAUAUUGCUCCCCUUUGGAAGACAAUCUUAGACUCUGACCUUCGGGUCGACGGCCAGCCAUCCCUGGUUCGUGACAUUGUGGCUGGUAAACGGUUCAACCGCAAACUGGGCGGGUCAGCAGCUGUUGUCAACGUGGGUACAAAUACCACCUGGCUUGGAAGCCACCUGUCUAUGUCAAACCUAUAUGCCUAUGGUCGCUUGGCCUGGAACCCGGUAGACGAUAUCCAGGAUAUACUGCAAGACUGGAUCAGACUGACCUUUGGGCUCGACCGCAAGGUACUUGACACCCUCACUCGAAUGUCCAUGGAAUCUUGGCUCGCCUACGAACAAUAUAGUGGCAAUUUAGGCAUCCAGACGUUAACAGAUAUUAUAUACACUCACUAUGGUCCUAACCCUGCAUCUCAAGACAACAAUGGCUGGGGCCAAUGGACCCGCGCAGACAAAACUAGCAUCGGCAUGGAUCGGACGGUAGCAAAUGGCACAGGCUUUUCGGGUCAGUAUCCGGAUGAGAUCGCUGCCAUGUAUGAAAACAUCGAAACCACACCCGACGCUCUUCUACUAUGGUUCCAUCACGUGAAAUAUCUUCACCGUCUUCAUUCGGGGAAGACCGUCAUUCAGCACUUCUACGAUGAACACUACAGCGGGGCAGAAACAGCACAGACCUUCCUUACGCAAUGGGAAUCACUUCAGGACAAAAUUGAUGCUGAGCGAUACCACCAUGUUCGGCACUUCCUAGACUACCAGAGCGGUCAUUCAAUUGUGUGGAGAGAUGCGAUCAAUAACUUUUUUUACAAUCUUUCAGGCAUCCCUGAUCAGGCCAAACGCGUCGGCCAUCAUCCAUGGCGCAUCGAAGCGGAAGACAUGACGCUAGAGGGCUACAAGACUUAUACCGUCAACCCCUUCGAGACAGCCUCCGGUUCUGUUGCAAUUGUUACAACUUCCAACGAGAUAGCCGGCACCGCUUUAACCGAAAUCAACUUUCCCUCUGGCACCUACGAUCUUGCAGUGAACUACUACGACGUAUACGGUGGUCAGUCACAGUGGAAGGUCUAUCUGAAUAAUCGGGAAAUCGGACGAUGGAUUGGCAAUGGUGAGAGUAUCUUCAGUCACACGCCUUCUGUCCAUUUGGAUGGGCAUUCGGCAAUUCGUAUCAAGUUCCGGGAUGUUAAGAUUCAUAAGGGUGAUACUUUGAAGAUUGUUGGCAUGCCUAAUGGUACUGAGCCAGCGCCAUUGGACUACGUGGCUCUGCUGCCAGCGGGCAUUGUAGAUUAG